CAAAAAAAAGAGGCUCUCGCGGUCGCUCAGCAGUGACGUAACACGGAGCAGGCGGUGAGGACAUGCGCGCGUCCCCUCCUUCCUCCUUCUCGACUCCAUCUUCGCGGUAGUGGCUGCUGUGUACCCGGUUGAGUGGCCGACAUGCAGCUCUUUGUCCGCGCUCAGGAGCUACACACCCUUGAGGUGACCGGCGAGGAGACGGUCGCCCAGAUUAAGGCUCAUGUAGCCUUGCUGGAGGGCAUCGCUCCAGAAGACCAAGUCCUGCUCCUGGCAGGCACGCCCCUAGACGAUGAGGCUGCUCUGGGCCAGUGCGGAGUGGAAGCGCUGACCACUCUGGAAGUAGUUGGCCGCAUGCUUGGAGGUAAAGUCCAUGGUUCCCUGGCCCGUGCUGGGAAAGUAAGAGGUCAGACUCCCAAGGUGGCCAAACAGGAGAAAAAGAAGAAGAAGACAGGCCGGGCCAAGCGGCGGAUGCAGUACAACCGGCGCUUUGUCAAUGUUGUGCCCACUUUCGGCAAGAAAAAGGGCCCCAAUGCCAACUCUUAAAGUCUUUUGCAAUCUUGGCUUUCUCUAAUAAAGUUGCUUGGCCCAGUCA